UUUGAUGCUAUGCAUCGUUUUCAUUUGAUUAUAUGUAUAUCAAUCUGGCUCAGGGUUCCCCCGAAAGCAAAACCCAGCUAGGCUGUAUUAGCAUGAAAAUACAAUAUAGAAAGUGCGGCUUAUAAAAAAAGAAAUCCGCUUCUGACAGAGACAGGAGUAACUAUAACUACAGUAGCUAGUUUUAGUUACAAACACGCUUUUUAGAGGACUUCGAUAAUUCUGAAACUGGACGCAGAAGCUCAAGAAGCUACGGCAGUUUUACAGAAUGUACGCGCGCAAGCGAAAAACGGCAUUUUAUGAAUACCACUUACUGUUUCUCCUUCUUACAGAUUUACAACCCGCGUGAACAUUUCCAGUGUAAUAUUUGGUUCGGAAUAAAGGAUCAUUUAAGAAGUGUAACCCAGCACCACCUCCCUCAACGAACACGCUUCCCCAACCAUGACCACCUCACCCCCCACGAACCCGAACCCGCCCGUCACCGCGGCCCCCAAGUCGCCUGUUGCGGAGGAGAAGCUAUGCCGCUACUGUUUUGACGACGAAACCGCCGGUCCGUUGAUUGACCCGUGCAACUGCGCCGGCGGGCAGAAAUGGGUCCAUCUGGAAUGUUUGCGGAGGUGGCAACGCACGGUGCUGGUCACGCAGCCCACCCACCCAGCGUUCUACGACCGCGACCUGCGGCACCAGACGUGCAACGUGUGCAAAGCGGCGUUUACCUGUCCCCCGCCAACCCGGCACGAAUUGAUGCAAUCCUUCACCGGCGGAGAGCUAGCAGCGCUCAUACAGGAAAAGAGCGUUAUCGUGUAAGCGAUUAUGUUUGUCUUUGUUGCUUUUAAUCAAAAAUCAUCUGGGCUGCACUCGCCGAUCGUGUCUUCCUCUUGUCUGUGGAGUUGAAGUUCGAACUUCACUUGAAGAGCCCUUGCCUCAGCAUACUCAACGUUUCCGUGCUACUAGCAUCUUGUGCGUGUUGCUGUGGAGCCUGCUAUCUUUUGAUGAAAGCGAAUGAUAAUUCUGAUCGCACCUCACCACAGCGCCCACAAGAGCUUUUGCGACGAACUAGAAAAGGAGCUUCGCGGCAUCCCGGCGGCGUUACGAGCACGCCUGAAUCUCGGCCACGAGCACUGGAUCAAUGCCGUGAUGCUGAUCACGAAGGUGGAAGAGCCGGAGCGGAGCCAGGACAUCCCGGUCCCGAGCCGCCACGCCAUGAUCGGGAUGUGCCGUUUGUUGAUUGACAAAAACGGAAAGCCCUUGUUUCCAGAGCUACAGGCAGGACGCGGGGGCGCACCUCCCGUGAUGCCAAACUAUUUUGGCGAACUGGAGGACGAAUUUGAGGGCCUACCGGGGGAUAUAGAGUUUGUAACCGAUGAGGAGUCAAGCUCGUCCUCUUCGGAUCUUGACGACAGCGAGAACCGUUUUCUCGCACGGUCGGCGAGAAGGAAAAAGGAGGAGAAGGCUGACGAGAACGGCGGGGAGAAAAAUAUAGGGAACUCGUCGGGUGUUGAGCAGGAGAAGAGCAAGAGAAGCGCGGACGGUAUAAUUAAGGACGCGGCCGGCGCCACCAACAGAGCUGCAUCAGCAGCUGGUGACGAUGCUAAUGCAGCACAAAACGACAAUUUUGUUGACCCGCCUGAUGUUAAGAAUACUGGUGCUCCUGUAGUGGCCGCAUCGACUUCAAAAGCGGUGGAAAAAAAAAGUAUGGAACUGGACGACGUGGACGAGGAGAGCAACCUCAUGACCGCAGUGAAGGAAUUUGAAAAAGACGUCGAAUCCGCCGCCGCGGCUGGGGACGAGGAAGACGAGGACGAAGACGGCCCGAGCCCAAAAGCUGCGCGGACGGAUACGGCUAAGGGAGUUGGAUCGGCUUCGGGCAGGGUAGCAGGUGGAGCAGCGACGAGAACAUCAACAACUUCCAGACAAGACACUAGCGCUGUAGAAGUGCUCGGGCCGGAAUACGGUCCCGCGUUGCCGCCCCACUUGGAACAGCAGGACGUGGAAAUGGUGAAAGCGGACGACGAGGAGGGUCAACAGCAAGUUGUAUCGAGCAGCAGCUCGUCAUCUUCGGGCAACGCAAAAGCAGACAAGUCAAAUCCAACAGCAGGCACAGGAGCUGCAACCUCCUCUGCUUCCGCUUCUUCAUCCAAGAAGCCUCCAAAUGAUACCAAAACCUCCCCACGUAUGGUAAGUCUGAUCCCCUCCAGGCCCAUGAAGUUUUCCGAGCCGAUUUUCGUAAAAAGACACGCGGGGAACUUCCGUCACCGAGUGGAGUCGAUCAAUAACAUACCGACACAUCAAGUGGAUUUCAAGGAACUCAUUUACGGCGUUGCUGGAGAUGAGAAGGAUGUUGACCACAUGAAUACGAAAAGAGCGGCAGGAGCAGCAUCAGUAUCAGAAAGUAGCAAAGCGGCCGUCCUCAACUCCUCGUCCUCCUCUUCCUCCUCCGCCGCAUCUUCCCUCACCGCGUUUCCGACAGGCGCCCCGUUCAAGCCGCAGGUGAUCAAGUUGCUCCUUGAUGAAGACGUGACUUGUGGGGAGGACCACGUGGUUGCGGUGAACCUCUCCCGGAAACUUCCGCGGCCCAUGAUUCCGCGAGUUUUCGAAAGGGAACUGAGUAAAGUGCAGUUCAAGAAGGCAAUUGACAAGGUCACGAUUCAGCACUACAUCGGCGGGCCUUGCGAUGAGGACGAAAUCCGGGCGUGUAUAAUCCUCGGCGGGGUCGGGUGCGGCUGGACGGUGUUUUCCGGGGAAAACGCGCUCUCUGCUGCCGUGGAAACAGCGUAUACUAGGGCGGUGAAGAGAAGUGAGGCGGAGGGCGAGAUCCGGGGAGGACAGGUAUGGAUUAUUUCAUGUGUUUGAGUUGUACUUUUGUCGCGUCCGGCGCGCCAAAAAGAAACGUUGUUUGUCACACGCUCCCUCGGCUUUCAUUUUUCCAAUGAUUUUCUCUUGAAGAAACACGAGGAAAUCUCAUACAAGCCACGACGUCUACAAAGGAAAGCACACCUCAGGUCGUCCGCCUCCAAGGCUUAAAAUCGUGUCCGGAGCUCAACGGUGAGUCUGGAAUCGCGCUUCGCUUCCACAGUUCCUCCGGUCGCUGGCUCGUCCGCCUUGCGAAUGGCGAAGGCAAGUCUUUGAAGCCAGAAAACCUGGUAUGCGCCGAGAGCAGUGGGUCGGCGGUGACAACCAGGUCGGCCUCGGCCACGUCGUCUUCUAGUAGUUCCUCUUCGAAUUGUGCUGUAGAAGCAGCUGUAGGAGCUACAGCUGCGCAAGCAGGAGCAGUUGCACAUGCUGUAGUUGGUGCUGUUGCCGCUGGCGCUGCCGCUAGCGCAACUAAUGAAAAAGGACAGGACGGCGCCGAUGCGGUGGUUCCUGCUGAUGCCCCCGCAGCCAAAGACGCGGCUCCGGAGGUAAACGCAGAUGACGCUGAUGUCACUAUGACGCCAGCAGAUUGUACUUCAGCAACCGCAUCCACGAUGCUUUCAACUACAACGACUUCAACAGUCACAGAAUCUGUCGCAUCGACAUCCACGAAGAUGACAAAGGUAGGUACAACAGGAACUGUCGACAAAUUGCUAUCGCCAACAUCGCCCUCAGAAGAAGUAGAUCUACAACAGGCAGCUGCAAAACAGCUGUCGCAACAACCGAGUUUCAAGCCCGUUAUUUUCUGCAUUUGGGGAGACGCGCGGUGGUCCCGCACGCAGCUUCUUGGCGAGAUUGCGCGGGGUUCUUGGGGCUUGUGCCACGGGAAUGUGAGUGAUUUUUCAACCACGGCGGUCGAUCGAUGGAAGAACACGGAGGGGCGGUGUGUCUACGCACCUCUGUCAGAGAUGAGCGAAGACUACAUGAAGAACGCAGAAAGGGACAUGGCCCUGGCCAGGGUGAGAGUGCAAAUGCAGCAGCAGAGUGCGGGGGCCCUUGAAAAUACAACCGGGAACGAGGAAUCUUCGCAGCAAUGAUUGUCAGAAUGAGAUCUUCAUGAGAUGCAGAAGAUUUUUAAACCGAUAAGAACUUAAUGGCCUGCCGUCGAUGGUUAAACGAGUUAUGAAACAACAUCAACAUGAACAUCCAAAAUGAAGACAACAAGAAAAAGUAAGACUCCCUAGUAUAAUUUUGAACCCUAUUCACCUGAAUGAUGAUGAGAUCAGAAGCAACGCGAACACCGCAAGCGCAAGAACACAGACCGACUUUGUACAACUUGAAGUUUCUAUAAUUUCGUUUUGACAUUUGGAUCGCAAGAAAACUCUUCGUCUUGAAGAGCAAACUUCUUUUUCAACACAAGCGACGACUUGUUAAAAU